CAUUCGGCUGCAGAGGAGUGCAGCUCAGCCCUCUCCAUUCUCUUCAUCUGAUACUUGCUGUGACAGCCGGGCGACAGAUAUCCUCACUGAUUUAAAAACGGUGUAACUUUCUCAGAGAUCACAGGAUCAGCAAGGAUGCUGAGGCGAAGGCCUUCCAAUGCCUCAGAGAAAGAACAGGUGCAGAAGAAGAAGCUCACCUUGCAGAGGUCCAGCAGCUUCAAGGAUUUCAUGAAGCCCAAACCCACCUCUCCUGUUGUGUCAGAGAAGGAGUUCACUUUAGAGGAGAAUGAGGCAGAUGGUGUGGCAGCAGAAGAAGUGGUAAAAAGUGGCAGCAAACUGGGGAAGAAAUGGCGCAACGUCAUCUCCCGUACAAUGACCCGCAAAACAUCCAAAAUGGUCCAGAAGGCGCUUGCUGAGGAGGGGGGGGAGAGUGGUGAGGAGCUGUCCCCUGUCUCCUCUGACUUUCUUCCAGAUCUGUGUGCAGGACAGAGGACAUCUGUGUGUUCCACAGGUUCAGAGGACACCACCCCCAGCCCCAUCAGCCGCCAGCUCUCUGGCAGCAGCGACAGACAGAGCUUGGACAGCGGGUACUGCCAGAGGGACAGCAUGAGGCUUGAGGACAAUGGUGUUUCUUACAGCGGGCCGUUCUGUGGCCGUGCUUUGGUCCACACUGACUUCACUCCCAGCCCCUACGAUGUAGAGUCGCUCAAACUGCAAAAAGGAGACGUCAUCCACAUCAUUGACAAGCCCCCUGUGGGCACCUGGACAGGCAAACUCAACAACAAGGUGGGCUCCUUCAAGUUCAUCUACGUCAACCUCCUCCCCGAUGAGAGUCCCCCAAACAGGAGGAGACGCUGCAAUAGCAAGAACCACCAAAACAAAUCCAAGCCAAAAACCUUGGAGGAAGUCUUGGACAGCAUAGGCCUGAUGGAGCUGAGUCCACUGCUGUCCAUGCAUGGUUUCCAGAGCCUGGAGGACUUUGCAGGACUAAAGGAGUCUCAUCUAAAUGAGCUGAACAUCACAGACACAGAGCAACGUUUCAAGAUCCUGAAUGCCAUGGAGCUCCUCAGAGACUCUGAAGAAGAGGCAGAAGAGGAGGAAGAGGAGAAAGAUAAAUCUGGAGAAGACCCCAAGGAGCCGAGAGACUCGGGCUGCUUUGAAAGUUCAGAUAACCUGGAGAAUGGACGAGAAGAACUGAAGACGGAGGACGAGACGAACAAGGAAAGUGAGAAACAGGAGCAAAAGCCAGAAGAGACACAAUCAGAGCAGCUGGAGGCUGUACAGGAGCAGCUGCAGGCACUGAUAGUGGACGAAGCACCAUAAGAGGCGAUGGAGAAUAUUCAAACUUCUUCCUCCUUGGUUUUCAAGGACACUGUUUAAUGUCAUUAAGAUGUGUGGGACAGCUGACAGCUUAAAAGACACAUGUCUUAUGCCAAGUUUCAACAGUUUGCUUUCACUAUUGAACAAGCAGCACAACUUUUUACAAACCAGCAUCAUUCCUCUGGAGUAAGUUGUUGUAUUGUCAUAAAUAUAUUUUGUUUUCUUUAAAGUGUCAUGUGAAAUGUGUGAUUGUAAGCCCUUUGAAAAAGUUUUUUUUUCCUCAGUAUAUCUUUAUGUUGAACAAAAGAAUGUAAAAUAUUUUCACGUUUGUCUUACAGUCGUAUUACACUGAUGCCUGCCACUUAUCAUUAGUAGGUGCUGUAAAUACAAGUUAAAUAAAAAUAAUCCUGUUCUGGA